UUAACUCGUUAUUAGCCCCUCACUCCCUUCGCUUACUCCAAAGUCCAAAGGAAAGCGGAAAGCGGAAAGCCGAUCAGAAUCAGAGUGUUGUGAAGACGGUCAAAAUGGAGCUCACGGCGCAACAGCUGAAGGAGUACGACGGCACGGAUCCGUCGAAGCCGAUUUACGUGGCGAUUAAGGCCCGAAUCUUCGACGUCACCGCCGGCAAGUCCUUCUACGGUCCCGGCGGCGACUACUCCAUCUUCGCCGGCAAAGACGCCAGCAGAGCCCUCGCCAAGAUGAGUAAGAACGCCGAGGAUGUUUCCCCUUCCCUCGAAGGCCUCUCCGACAAAGAAAUUGGCGUGCUCACCGACUGGGAGAAGAAGUUCGAAGCUAAGUACCCUAUCGUUGGUAUUGUUGUUUAAUCCUAUUUGAUUUCUACAUUGAUCCGGAUGGUUAUAUUAUCUAGGCUUGAAAUGCAUGCUGAUUGUUGUGUACUCGUGUGUAUUUGAAUUGAAAUAGUCUAAUGGAGUCUGAAUUAUUAUUACUCAAUGGAAUGUAAUAAUCUGAGUUAUCUGCCAGUACUACAGGCACAUGUGUAUGCUGUUAUGUUCUACUAACUUUUUCUAUCAUUGCCUUUAUUUAGAGAUAUAUGAUGGAAUAAUGAUCUUUUAUUAA